AUGUAUCGCUUUCAAGUCUCCUGCGACACGCAGUGGGGCGAGGAGGUGUGCAUCUUAGGCUCCGCCUCCUCAGUUGCGUGCUGGGAUGUCAGCAGGGCGAUCCCUCUGAGACCUUUGAGCUACCCCUUGUGGAAGAGCGAUCCCAUCGACGUCUCGGAUGUUGGGCCACCGGAGGAGGUCGCUUCACGCUCAAAGCGGCUCGAGUACAAGUACCUGAUCAGAGGGCCUCGCGGUGUAACGUGGGAGCACGGGAACAACCGCUGGGUGCCAGUAGAGACGGGAAGGCUUACGGUGCAUGACGGGUUCUUUGGGCAUAUCCAGCCGUACCCCUUCUCCUUCGAGGAGGACGAUCACGAAGAUCCAGAAGCCGAGGACACCCCAGAGCGACACCACGCCGCCAGCGGCUGGCGGGUGCUGGUCCUGGGAUCCUCGGUGGCCGAAGGCCCCGAAGCCGCGCCGCCGGUUUCGCCGCCGGUGUGGCUCUUGGAGACAGAAGCUGAUGCGGCCAAGCCGCAGCAGUGCAGCUGGAGCCGGUAUUGGGCCUGGCUUACGGGGAUAGCUCUGAUUUUGGGUACGCUGGUGGUCUUUCAGGCAUUUCAGAGCCUCGGGACUGAGGAGGCGCCGCGCUAUUUGUACGUGUCGUUUCACGGGGACGGCUCUGCCACCACGCCGCUGCCGCAGUACGGGGUGAACCAAGUGCUUCGCUUCGACCUGGAGCAUCCCGAGGAUCCGGCCGUGGAGGUGCUGGACACGGCUUCGGCGCCCACGCCCCCGCGGAUGCUGAGGGAUGUCAAGGGCCUGAAGGACGGCUCCGUGCUCGUGGCGCAGGGCCUGAGGUCGGACUCCUGCAUCUUGCAGUAUGGGCCCUGCGACAGCAACGGACAGAGGCAGUUUGUCCGGGAGUACCGCAGCCCCAUUCUGGUGCAUCCCUACGCCAUGACCUUUCUGGGUGACACGUUGUAUGCCUCUACCCAAGACUCCGGCACGGUGGUCGGCUUCAACCUCUCUGCCGCGGACCGGCUGUCUGCUGGGGACCGCAUCAACUUCAACCUGCAGGGCGACUUUCGGUACAGACCUGGCAUCACCUACAGAGGCAUUGCAAGCUACAAGAAAUGCCUCUACCUUUCAGUGACGGAGAUGGACAAGGUCGCGGUCAUUUGUGACUUGGACCACGUCUCUCGCCACAUUCACGUGAGACACCCCAUUGGCCUUUUGGUGGACGAGGACAAGGAUGAGCUCUACAUAGCAUCACCCAACAAACAGAAAGAUGGAGAAGUCCUUGUGUGGGACUUGAUCUCACAAAAGGUCUCGCGCAGGCUGAAACAUGACGGGAUGACGCAUCCCACAAACAUGGCCAUCCACAAUGGCUCCGUGAUCGUCGCCUCGCAGACCCAGAAGUCGAUCCUUCAGUUCAACCGCACCACCGGCGAUUUCAUGCGGACCUUGAUCAAGAAUCUACCUGAUGCGCCUGAGAGGAACGUUAUGCUGUCAUCGUGCUGA